AUGCCGGCGUACCGACAUGUUCCACGAUCCCUGCCAAUAUUCUCUUCGGGCCGCCUUAGCCUGUCGAGACCGCUGAGAGCCAUUGGAGUAGCUCCAUAUAAAUCGGGAAUGCAUUUCUCACAGGGCUCAUUCCAAGCUGCCCCAAACCCCCUGGAGCAAGAUGCAGGAGAUGACGGAGCCCGACCCAACGGCAACGACUCAGAGCCAACUUUCAGAUCUACGGUCCUAAAAAUGAUGGAGACCGCCGCCACCACUUUUGCUUCUAUUGCCGUUCUAGGUAUUGCGGGCUACUCGUAUCACCGGUACUACAAGUAUCUGAUUUUGGAAAAGAUGGAAAAUGCCUUCAAGCCGGGCGAUCCAGCACUCGAAGUUGCGGGUGUAGAAUCUGGCAAACAUCAGUACCACCAUGAGGAGCACUGGGUUGUCCGCGACGAACAACCCAGGAUUGAUCGAAUCAUUGCUGGUGGCGCCGGUGGCCGUUAUUUCCUGCUCAUUGGUGAGAAGGGCACUGGAAAGACGUCUAUGCUCCUUGAGGCGAUGCGCAAGAUCGAUGGGGAGGGUUGCGCUAUGUUUGAAGCACAUGGUGAUCUUGAAAUUUUCCGAACCAGGCUAGGGAAAGCGUUGGACUUUGAGUUCCACGAAGACUAUAUUGGAAGUCUUUUUAGCAUUAAGGGUCCUCGAGAUACCACCCCUCUCUUGGACAUCGAGCGCGCAUUCAACAAGUUAGAGAAGGUGGCUCUUAUGCGUAGACGUGAAGGAUUGCCAGCCUUGAUAUUGAUCAUUAAUAGUACUCAUCUGGUCAGGGAUGAUCAUGAUGGUCAGGAUCUCCUGGAAAUGAUUCAACAGAGAGCGGAACAAUGGGCGGCUAGCAACUUGGUGACGACAGUCCUCAACAGUGAUGAUUACUGGGUAUAUGAACGCCUCAAGCGAUAUGCCACCAGGAUGGAAGUCAUCCCUGUUUCGGAUCUACCCAAGCAACGAGCGAUGGACGCUCUACGGAGAUAUCGCAAACAGUACUUUGGUGAGGAACUAUCUCACGAAAUACUUGAGGAAAUCUACAACAAAGUUGGUGGACGUUUGUCCUUCCUGAACCGGGUGGCAAAGGCCAAAGAUUAUAUGAAACUCUGUGAUGGCAUAUGUGAGGCCGAGAAGAGAUGGUUCCUUAAUAAAUGCUGGAUCCUUGGACCGGAAAUGGACGACGACGUCAUGGAUGAGCAGAAGUACUCUUCUGCCGCGAUGGUUCUCGCCAAAGCGCUUGUCGACAGGGAGAAGGAGAUGGAGAAAACAUAUGACCCGGAGAUUGGCCAUAUUCUACCACAGAUACCGCUGCAUAAGGCGCGGGAAGUUAUGACAAGAGCGGACUUUAUCCAAAGUUACGACCAUGACAACAUCUUUACGAUCGAUUCUCGGGCUAUGGUCCGAGCUGAUUCCGUUCCUAUGCAGAAUGCUUUCCGAGACAUCUGUGCUUGGGAGGGAUUUGACAAGCAUCUGGAGGGAACAUUGGAGCGUAUUGGUGAUAUUGAGAGUCUUGGACGAACCCGUGAGCUCACCAUCAAAGAUCUCUGGAACCAGGGUAAAUACCAGCUUGCUAUGCGGGAUUCCAAGGGUCACGACAAUGGUGUUGUUGAGUUCUCGGUGGUGGAGGGCCAGAAAGAGGAUGAGGACGACUGA